AUUGAGGACAGUAAAAAAGUAACAACAAAUUCAGAAUGAAGAAAUCAUUAGGCCGUCAAAAAAUCGAAAUCAAGAAGCUAGAAGUGAAGAGUAGACAGCAAGUAACGUUUUCCAAACGCCGUGCCGGACUUUUCAACAAGGCGGCGGAGCUCUCCAUUCUCUGCGGCGCUGAGAUUGCUAUCCUCGUCUUCUCUCCCACCGGCAAAAUCUAUACAUUCGGCCAUCCUAAUGUUGAUUUGCUUCUGGAUCGUUCCCUAACGGCGAAUUUUGCUCCCCCGAAGCCGGCGGAAUCCUACCUCCCUCUGGCGGAGUUGAAUCGCGAUUUCGAUGAUGCAAUGGCCGAGUUCGAAAUCGAGAAGAGGCGCGCGGCGGAGGUAGAGAGAAUGAGGAGUAGCGGGGGAUUCUGGUGGGAUGAGCCUGUGGAAUGUAUGGGAAUCGAGGACUUGAAGCGAUUCCGGUCGUCGUUGGUGGAACUCAGGGGAAAAGUUGCAGAGAGAGUGGAGAAAUUGGCGGCGGUGAGAAAUGGAGGGCUUCUGAUGCCUGCGGCGUCGUUUCACCUCACUGGAAACCUCCAAUGUGCGCCGCUGCCACCGUUUCAUCUCGCUGGGAAUCACUCCGUCGCGACGGAGAUUGAGGAUUUGGGGUUAGGGUUUCUCUGAUAUAUAUGUGUAAAAAAAAAGUUUUCACGUCUUAUGAAAAUUAACAUGUAAAUGGG